AUGUCCGGCUAUAAGAAGGACGAGGAGAGCGGCGUUGGCUCGUUCUUCCAGGACAAGACGACCGUCAUUCAGGAGGCACGCGUGUUCAACGAGACGCCGAUCAGCCCCCGCAAGUGCCGCAUUCUCUUGACCAAGAUUGUGUACCUCCUCUAUGUGGGCGAGACCUUCGGCACGCAGGAGGCGACGACGCUCUUCUUCGGCGUCACCAAGCUCUUUCAGCACAAGGACAGCGCCUUGCGACAGAUGGUCUACCUGGUCAUCAAGGAGUUGUCCGGCAUCGCGGAGGAUGUCAUCAUGGUUACGUCGUCGAUCAUGAAGGACAUGCAGCCGAACCUUGAGGUCAUCUACCGCCCGAACGCCAUUCGCGCCUUGUGCCGGGUCAUUGACGGCUCCAUGAUUGUCGGUCUCGAGCGCUUCUUCAAGGCCGCCAUCGUCGACCGGAACGUCUCGAUCGCAUCCGCCGCCCUCGUCUCCUCGUACCACCUCCAGCCCAUCGCGCGCGACGUGAUCAAGCGCUGGGCGAACGAGGCGAACGAAGCCGUGCAGAACAAGUCGUCGUCCUUCUCCACGUACGGCGGACAAGGCUACGCCACUGGCCCGACGAGCUCGAUCAUCCAGUACCACGCGCUCGGCUUGCUCUACCUCAUCCGCCAGGGUGACCGUAUGGCUGUCACCAAGAUGAUUCAGCAGCUCGCUGGCGUCAAGGGCUCGGGCGGAACCCUCCGCAACCCGUAUGCGAUCUGCAUGGUCAUUCGCUACGCCGCCAAGGUCAUGGAGGAGGACCCCAACGUCCAACGCGCCAUGUACGACCUCAUCGACGGCUACCUGAAGCACAAGAGCGACAUGGUCAACCUCGAGGCGGCACGCGCGAUCUGCGAGAUGAAGAACGUCAGCGUGGCCGAGCUGCACCGUCCUAUCUCUGUCCUCCAGCUCUUCCUCUCCUCACCCAAAGCCGCCCUCAAGUUCUCCGCCAUCCGCACCCUCGCCAAGCUCGCGCAGACCCACCCGAACGCCGUUGCUGCCGUCAAUCUCGACAUGGAGAAGCUCAUCAACGACGACAACCGCAGUGUCGCGACCUUUGCCAUCACCACCCUUCUCAAGACCGGCAACGAGGCCUCCGUCGACCGCCUGAUGAAGCAGAUCUCGGCGUUCAUGUCAGAGAUCUCGGACGAGUUCAAGGUCAUCGUGGUCAACGCGAUCCGCGCCCUCUGCCUCAAGUUCCCCGCCAAGCAGUCGGUCAUGCUCACCUUCCUCUCGGGCGUCCUCCGCGACGAGGGCGGCUACGACUUCAAGCGCGCCGUUGUCGAGGCCAUCUUCGACAUGAUCAAGUUCAUCGCCGACUCUAAGGAGGCCGCCCUCGCCCAACUCUGCGAGUUCAUCGAGGACUGCGAGUUUACCAAGCUCUCGGUCCGCAUCCUCCAUCUCCUCGGUGUCGAGGGCCCCAAGUCACCGCAGCCGAGCAAGUACAUCCGCUACAUCUACAACCGCGUCAUCCUCGAGAACGCCAUCGUCCGUGCCGCUGCGGUGUCGUCGCUCGCCAAGUUCGGCAUCAACGUCGCGGACAAUGCGGUCAAGCGCAGCAUCAAGGUCCUCUUGACUCGCUGCCUCGACGAUGUUGACGACGAGGUUCGCGAUCGUGCGGCCUUCAACCUCAAGCUUAUGCAGGACGAGCCGCUCGCCAACACCUUCGUUCGCGAUGACUCCACCUUCUCCCUCGACACCCUCGAAGCACGGUUGACCUCAUACAUGGCCGACUCGUCCGCGCUCGAGCAGCCCUUCGACUUUACUGCCGUCCCCAAGAUCAGCAAGGAGCAGGCGCUUGAGGCUGCACGGCAUUCGCGCAAGGACGCGAUUGACUCGGUUGCGAUGGCUUCCGAAGCGAGCGGCGUCGCAAGCACCUCUGCCGCCGUCCCAUCCGCGAGCGAGACCCAGUCGGCGUACGAGAAGCAGCUCACCGAGGUGCCCGAGUUUGCCAGCUACGGCCCGGUCUUCAAGAGCACGCGCAAGCCUGUCGAGCUCACCGAGCGCGAGACCGAGUAUGUAGUCUCGGCCGUCAAGCAUGUCUUUGCCGAGCAUGUCGUCUUCCAGUUCAACGUCCGAAACACGGUCGACGCCGUCCACCUCGAGAACGUCGUCGUCGUCAUGCAGCCGUCGGAAGAGGCGGAUCUCACCGAGGAUUUCAUCAUUCCCGUCGCCUCUCUCGGCCCGAACUCGGACGGCGUCGUCUACGUCUCGUUCACCCGAAACAACCCGUCUACCUACGCGACCGGUUCGUUCGGCAACACCCUCCGCUUCCUCUCGAAGGAGAUCGACCCGGACACGGGCGAGCCCGAAGAGGACGGCUACGACGACGAGUACUCGCUCGAGGAGCUCGACCUUGGCGCGGCGGACUACAUCGUGCCUUCCUAUGCGGCGUUCGCGACCGAAUGGGACCGCCUGCGAAGCGGAGCGACGGCGCAAGAGACGUUUGCGCUCACGGCGCUCGACAGCCUCAAGACGGCGUGCGACUCGGUCAUCGAGAUUCUCGGCAUGGAGGCGCUGGGAGGUACCGAGGCGCCUACGUCGCCGACGGUGCACACGCUGAACAUGUCUGGACUCGUCGCGGGCGGCGGCGGAAAGGUGUUGGCGCGGGCGAGGAUGACGUUCCAGACGGGCAAGGGCGUGACGAUGGAGCUGACGGUGCGGGCGGAGCAAGAAGGCGCCGCGCAGCUCGUCGUCAACGCCAUCGCAUGA